AUGGCCUGGCGUUUUAAAGCCUCUAAGUAUAAAAAUGCGGCACCUAUUGUGCCGAAGCCCGAGGCCUGCAUACGUGACAUUUGCGUCGGUUCAUAUCAGACUUAUGGGAAUAAUAUAUGUGCAUCCGCUGCCUUCAUGGCAUUCAAUUGGGAGCAUGUCGGUUCAAGUUUAGCUGUUCUACCUCUCGAUGAUUGUGGUAGGAAGAGUAAAACGAUGCCACUGCUUCAUGCGCAUUCCGAUACAGUGACGGACAUGGACUUCUCUCCAUUUCAUGAUGGUUUGCUUUUAACCGGCUCCCAGGAUUCAUUGGUAAAAGUGUGGCAUAUCCCGCAAGAGGGAUUAAAGGAGUCUCUAACAACUCCCGAGUGCACAUUGUCACAAAAACAAAGGCGUGUUGAAAAUGUUGGCUUCCAUCCAGUCGCAGAUGGACUUAUUCAUGUUGCUUCUGGACAUGAGCUUGCUCUAUGGGACCUUACAAAGCAGAAGGAAGCUUUUGUUAACAAGGACCAUACAGAGGUGAUCCAAUCAACGUCUUGGAAGAAGGAUGGGAAGUUAGUAGGGACUUCGUGCAAGGAUAAGAAAGUGCGUAUUUUGGAUCCUCGUACAUCAAGCCCUGUUUUGGGUGUGACGAACAGUCAUCAGAACAUUAAAGACAGCCGACUCGUCUGGCUUGGUGAUAGUGACAGAAUCUUAACAACAGGUUUCGAUUCGGCUCGUCUUCGUCAAAUAAUGAUAAGGGAUGUACGUAAUUUAUCUCAGACACAGAAGACUUUGGAACUAGAUUGUUCUACGGGAGUAUUGAUGCCUUUAUAUGACCCUGAUACAAAUAUGCUCUUCUUAGCUGGGAAGGGAGAUACUACCAUAUUAUAUAUGGAAUUAUCUGAUAGAGAACCAUAUCUCAUUGAAGGAUUGAGGCAUUCAGGUGAGCAGACCAGAGGCGCUUGUCUUGUACCGAAGCGAGCCUUGCGUGUCAUGGAAGGUGAAGUUAACCGAGUGUUGCAGCUCGCGGGCUCAGCUGUGAUACCCGUCAUGUACCAAGUACCGAGAAAGAGUUACCGUGACUACCACGCUGAUCUGUAUCCUGACACAGCGGGUUGUGUCACAUACCUGAGUGCUCCGAUGUGGCUACAAGGAACCGACCACCCAGUACCUAACAUCUCUCUCAGACCCGACCACGAUAACUGCAGUCAGAUACACCGCGGCAAUCUCGAAGAAUUGGUGAAAGUGAUCCUAUCUAUGCCAGCGCCGAAGAAUGGCGAGGCUAAACCAGUAGUGCAAAACAAAGAGAACGAUGAAUCUGUGAAAGUCAUACACACGCCGGAACAAAGAGACGAAGAUCGAAUAGACUUCGUUAAUGUCAAAGAUAUGAUAAAAGGUAUGGAGAAGAAGGAAAACGGCUAUCUGAAGAAGAAUGACGCCGAAUACGACGAAUUGAAGAAUAAUGAACGGUCGCUGGAGAAGAAUGAAAGCUCGGAUUCGUCGGAAUCGCUGUCUCGAAGCAAUAGUUUGAUCAACGGCGUCCCGCCACAAGUGCCCAAGCCGCUGCCGAGGUCGUCUAUAUCUGAAGGCAGCUCCACCGACGAACAGGAAGCGCCUAAACCGAAACCGAGAACUUCAACCAUACCCGGUGCAGGAUAUAAGCCACGCCUCGGUCCGAAGCCGUUCUCAGCGUCAACUGGUAACGAGGAGUUUUCCUUUGACAAGGUUUUCUCUGUUCCUUUAGUACCCGGGGUAUCUAAAUCCGACUCAGGUGCAUCGCCAAGUACACCAGUGGCGCCUGUACCGUCGGUCAAGGAUGAUGAGAAAGAGAAAUCACUUUCCCCUACUAGUGAUGCCGAACUAACGAAAGAAGAAUAUACUAAUGGUAAAUCGGACACGAGUGUCGAAGAGGAGGUCAGCUAUAGACCCAAAACGCCGAGCACCGCCGAGAGACGGAAGAUGUUUGAGAAUACUGACAGGUCGAUGUCUGUCCCGGCGCCGGCAUCGCCAGCUCCUCUGAGACGCCGUGAUUCUGUUAAAUCCCGAAAGAGUCCGGAGAGAGAAGAAAAACGAUCAUCCGUUCCCAACGUGACCACUAAAAGAACGUCUACUGUAUUUGGUAAAGUGUCAAAAUUCCGUCAUCUCAAAGGAACUCCAGCACACAAGUCGACACACGUGGAGAAUAUUAAGAACAUAAGUCGACAGAUAUCUGGAGAGUGCAACGGAUUCUAUGCAAACGGCGUCCGCUGCGCCGUUCCUUUAUCGGGUGGCAGCGGUCGUUUGGGUGUAGUGGAGCUCCCUUGUGGUGCAACUCGCCUGAGUGUAGGACUGUGCGGCCAGUCUGCGCAGACCCCCGCGGCCGGAGGUCCACCAGCCUUACUCCACGCCGCGCCGCUGCAAGACUGGGCCUUCGACCCAUUCAACGACCGCCGGCUUCUGGUGGCCUGCGACGACGGAAUGGUCCGGGAGUGGAUUCUCCCCGAAGGAGGUCUGCAAGAAUCUACGAACGAACCUAAUCGUACGUUCUCCGCUCAUCCCGAUAAGAUAUACAUUAUCAGAUUUCAUCCGACCGCUUCUGACGUGCUAACAACGGCUGCUCACGACCAAACUAUCAAGAUAUGGGAUUUAAGCCAGAAUGUACCGACAGCGGAGAUCACAUUAACUGGUCAUACGGAUCAAAUAUUCGCAUUGGACUGGUCGCCGUGCGGGGAAUAUCUCGCUACACUCUGCAAGGACGGCUUUAUACGGAUCUACUCUCCUCGCACUAAGACCAGUCCUCUUCGUUCCGGGCCCGGGCCGAGUUCGCGCGGCGGUCGGCUAGUGUGGGCGCUGGGAGCCACUCACAUUGUAGUCACAGGCUUUGACAAAGUAUCGGAGCGUCAAAUAAUGCUAUACAAGGCGAGCGACCUGUCUUCGCCCGUGUGUACUGUGGGCUUGGACGUAUCGCCGGCCAUACUACAAACAUACAUCGACCACGAUUCUAAUACACUGUUUCUGACGGGACGAGGUGAUUCUACUAUAUAUUGUUACGAGGUGACGUGUGAGUCUCCGUACAUUUGCGCUCUCUCACAUCACCGGGCGGCCUCACUUCACCAAGGCAUCUGUUUCCUUCCUAAGAAUUUAGUCGCUGUGGAAAAGGUGGAAUUCGCACGAGCACUGCGACUGACUAAUGGAACGAUUGAGCCUUUGUCAUUCACUGUACCCAGAAUAAAGAGCGAGCUAUUCCAAGACGACUUGUUCCCUCCCACGCUGGUGACGUGGCAGCCCUGGCAGACCUGCCGCGACUGGUUCGCUAACAAGCAUGUGGCAGCCCUGACAGCCAGCCUGCAGCCGCCCGGCAUGGAACCAUUGUCAGCUUACUCGGCGUCCGCUAAGGAGAAGCCGAAACCUAAACCCGACCUUAUAAAAUCUCACGUGCCCAUGGACCCUAAAGACAAGCAGGAUAGUAUAAUGAAGUCUAUGAGCGCUAAGGUGACCAUGAAUUUGAAAUUGGAGCAAGACAGUAUGGAAGGUGUGGAUGAGUCCGAAUGGGAUCAUUGA